AUGGGUCUAACCGUGGGUCGUAUGCCGAACACAUGGGAUUGUUUACUCGAGGAGAAAGAUCGCGUGUUGUAUUGGAGCGGUGAAGUCCUAGCGCGAGUGGCCGACAAUGUUAACCAGGAGGAGUCGUUUCAAAUUGAUUAUGGGAACGAGUACAUCGAUCGAAAAGUUGAUUCGUGGAUAGAAACCAGCUGGAUGAGAAUCAACAAAAUUCUCAGCAGACGCUGGCACUUGUCGGACGAACGUAGAACUCGUCUAAUUAGAGGAAUCGAGCAAAUUAAAGAUGCACUCAGGAUGAAGAUGCGAGAAGAUUACAGACGUGGGUAUAGAGACAUACGAAAGCACACGGAAAAAGUGGACAAUUUGGGGAGCCAACAACGUAGGAUACACGCUAAAAUUCAUGAACUCGAGACCACCUGUGCCGGGAACGUGAGGAAAUUCCAGAAGAAGUUUGGUCCUCUGCGACUGAAAACGUUCAGAAACCUCAGGAUAGGGGAAAAGAUGAUGUUCGAAGAAAUGAGACUAAAAACAAAAUUCUUCAGACGGAUGUAUGCCAUUGAUCACGAGAAUAUGAAACUAUGUACCAAGAGUAUCGACAAGCUUAUGGAAAACAUUGGACUGAGCUAGACUCAAGGAACGAUAAUGAAGAAAGUACAAGUCAAAACGUAUA